GCUAUCUUGCGCACACCGAGGACAACAUGAUCGUCUGCCUAGCAUCUAAUUGAAUCAAUUACCUUCCGCCGAAUCCUGCCGUCGCUUCUGCGCCAGUAUGGCGGAGCACAGGAUUUCCAGAAUCAAGCGCCAGGAAUGGGUUACUGCGCUUCUAGUGUCGCUGUCGUCUUCCAACCCCUCAGCGGGCUGGCUUGCUGAAUGUUGUACACGUCUUUGCCGUUGCAUUCAUUCCGUUCGGACCUUCUCCGGGUUCUUGAAUGAUAAGCGUCUUAGACACACUAGCUAUGAGAGUCGUGCAAUCGUUCAACGUUACGGGGGCUAGACACCCAGCAUCAGGGAUUACGAGAAGAAGGGAGUAGC